AUGUGGGUGAUUGGGCACAUGCCGGCCUACCAGCAGCGAAUCGAUGUUUGGAGCUUCGCCCAGUCCUACCCUGAGCAGCAUUCCUCCUACGACCAGGCGCUCAAGGACUUCUUGUCCGUGGUGGAGUGCUUCCAGGAAAGCGAGAUGUUACCGAAUCUGCUGGGCAUCAUCUUGGCUGUCGGCAACUACCUGAACGGGGGCACCAAUCGAGGGCAAGCGGAUGCCUUUGACUUGGAGACCUUUGGUAAGCUAGAAGGCAUCAAAGAUGCAGCCGGGAAGGAUGUCAGGCAUUUCAUCUUCGACCUCUUCCUGAACCAGAUGGCCGAGCAAGCCAGCCAGUUCAUGGAGGAGAUCACCCCCUGCAUGAUUAACAUCAACCGCCGGAUUGCCAAGGACCUUUGGGUUUAG